CCCCCUCCAUACUCCCCCUCCACCCUGUUCGCUGGGAUUGACAGGACGCUUGCAGCAGCAGAGCCCCACAAAGCCGAAAGCGGUGAGAGAAAAAAACGAGCUCGGCGAAACUUGAAUAAGAGAGGGCCGGGAGGGGACAGCUAAAAUAUAGAUAUAGAAAUAAAUAUCUGUAACAUUUAUACAUUUGCACACUCAAGACUUGGCUCGCCAAAUCACCCUCACGUGCGCGGCUGCUCCAGAUUCUGCUCGCGCUUGUGUGUGCUGACCGGGGCGCGCGCUCUCGUGGCUCUGUCUUCUGCUGUGAGACGACCGACCGACCGACCGACCUAACCCCGGUACAACCGACCGAACCGACAGCCUUUGACAAGAGAGAGGAUGGCUGACAGGGAACAACUGAUCCAAAGAGCCCGUUUGGCAGAGCAGGCGGAGCGCUAUGAUGACAUGGCCUCUGCGAUGAAGCUGGUCACGGAGCUGAAUGAGCCGUUGUCCAAUGAAGACCGCAACCUGCUCUCCGUGGCCUACAAGAACGUGGUGGGGGCCCGGCGGUCAUCUUGGCGAGUUAUAUCCAGCAUAGAGCAGAAGACGGCGGCGGAUGGCAAUGAGAAAAAGCUGGAACUGGUGCGCGGCUACCGAGAGACAGUCGAGAAGGAGCUGGAGUCCGUGUGCCAGGACGUCCUGACUCUCCUGGACCAGUACCUCAUCAAGAACUGUGACGACACCCAGCUAGAGAGCAAGGUCUUCUACUUAAAGAUGAAGGGCGACUACUACCGCUACCUAGCCGAGGUGGCCACCGGCGAAAAGAGGGCCUCCGCCGUCGAAUCGUCCGAAGGGGCCUACAAGGAGGCCUUUGAAAUAAGCAAGGGCAUGCCGGCCACCCACCCCAUCCGCUUGGGCCUGGCGCUCAACUUCUCCGUGUUCUACUACGAGAUCCAAAACGCACCCGAGCAGGCCUGCCAGCUUGCCAAGGAGGCCUUCGAUGAUGCCAUCGGCCACCUGGACAAUCUGAACGAGGACUCCUAUAAGGACUCCACGCUCAUCAUGCAGCUUCUGCGGGACAACCUCACCCUGUGGACCAGCGACCAGCAGGACAGCGAAGGAGGGGACGGCAACUGAGAGAUCGGCCGUGUCUGCUUUCACUUCAAGCUGCAGUAGCACCCGUCUGUCCCAACCACGAUGUCGUCUCUACUGUUUUAUCUUAUUUCUCUCUUUCGUCUCUUUUCUCUCUUUCUGUGAAUACCUAAAUUCCCCUCUUUGGUUCCUCAGGGCUAUUUCCACUUUUCCACUGAUCGAGUGCUGGUGCUCAAUCGUUCCACCGUUCGGUGGAAAUGGAAACCGGCACGAGCACCGCUUUCGGUGAAAAGUGGUAGUUGUGUUUUGAUUUGUAACUCUCUACCUUCCCAUUUCUCGUUCUUUCUUCUCAACCCUCUUUUCUCUACACUUUUUUUCUCUUCCUCCCCCCUUUGAUGAGUCGCUGAUAAUUAGCAUAUUGGUCUCCAUGUGACAUUUACUUAGUGUGUACUUGUAAGGACUUGAUCUUUGUAGAAACUCUGUAACACUACAGAAUGAGGUCUUCAGUACGUGGCACAGUAUAGUGCAAAUGUUACACCACCUUACCGGUUACGUUCUUCUUCUUCUUCUUCACUUGACAUUACUCUGUACCUCCAUCAAUGCUUAGAUGUGUUUGUCUGUCGUUCCUCCAUGAAACUCAACUUGUACACCUUGCUACCCUGUGAAUUGUGUAAGCCUGCUGAUCUCAGAACAGCACGCCGUCAUCUAUUAUGUUGGCAGCAAUCUGUUACGAGAUGCAGUGAGUCUUUUGAUAAGAAUGACAUAUGCAAGGUUAUGACAGAAUGACAUUAAAGACAUUGCCUACCAUGGGAACUCUCA